AUGCACGAGCGGGAAGCGGAGCGGCUGCUGAAGGCGGAGAGGAGGGCGGCGAGCAGCGCUCGCCAAGUCGCGCCCCCCGCUAGCCCUGCUCAACGCGGCACACAAACACCGCCCUUCUCCGGCAGUGUUGUGUCGCCAUCCGUCAUCGCGCUAUCGACCCCCCUCUCGCCCCCGCACGCGCCCUCACACGAACCACCGCCGCCAGCGCGCCACCUUGCUCCCUUGCACAGCCCCACUCCCGCGCACGCCGCCGCUGACGCCAGCCCGUCGCCUCGUGGCCCGCCUCAUGGCGCGUCGCCCCUCGCGCCUCUCGCACAGCAGGGUGCCGGCGGAGACUCCAAAUCAUCGCCGUCGCGCCACGUGCAGCGCGUGUUCGUGUCGCUCAUCGUGGUCUUCGCCGCGUCGCUGCUGCUCCUCUCGCAGCUCCCCUUCAUCAUCUCCGUGCUGUCCCCCUUUUUGUCGCCGUUCGAUAUAAGCGUGGAGGAGGCGGAGCAGGUGGAGCAGGCGGGGGCGGCGCAGGUGGGCGGCGUGUGGUCGCAGCUGCGGGAGCACCGCGGCAGCCUCGCGCUGCUCUUCCUCACGCGCGGCCCCAUCCCCCUCGCUCCGCUCUGGGAGAAAUUCCUCCGGGUGCGUCGCUGCCUCAUGCGACUCCCCCCUGCGGCCCCCCUCUUCGUGCCUCCCCCUCGUGCCUCCCCCCUCGUGCCUCCCCCCUCGUGCCUCCCCCCUCGUGCCUCCCCCCUCGUGCCUCCCCCCUCGUGCCUCCCCCCUCGUGCCUCCCCCCUCGUGCCUCCCCAAUCGUGCCCUCCUGUACACACUCUCCCUCCCCCUCCCCCCCAAACGUCCCUUUUCACUUCCUCCCCUCCCCCUCUUCCCCUCUCCCCCCUCCACCGACCUGCUUCCCGUCCCCCUCCUUCCCCCCUUCUCCCCGCUCCCCCUCCUCCCCGCAUCCCCCCCCAGGGCCACGAGGGGCGCUAUGCCAUAUACGUGCAUGCGUCCAACACGUCCUUCUCCUUCCCGCCCGGCUCCUCGCCCCUCUUCCGCGGCCGCCUCGUGCCGGGUGGAGAGGUGAGCCUUGUGCGCCAUGGGAUGAUGGGCAUGUGGGGUGAUGGGCAUGGGGGGUGA